GUAUCAUUGAAGUGUGGACGCCUUUAUUGUGCUGUGUUUAUACAUUUAAUUGGUGUAAAAUGACUGGUGAAAACGCAGAUGCUGCAGCCGCGGCGACAACGACGGCUAAGCCGAAACCAAACAUAAAACUGAUCAACAAAACCGAAACGGAAUACAACAUGAAGUCCAUUAGGUUCCUGUUGUUGACUAUAACAACUAUGUUUAUGGUGAUCGGCGGUUUGAUGAUAGUGCUGGGCAUCUCCGUGUACUCGCACUACCACAGCUUCUCGUUCCUGUACGAGACGGCGAGAAGCGGGCGCUUCCUCACGCCCUCCGUCAUGUGCGUCUUCAUCGGGCUGGCACUCUUCGUCAUCUCUUUCUUCGGGUUCUUCGGCAGUCUCAAAAAAAGCACGUGCUUGGUGAAUAUGUAUGCACUGAUUCUUUUGAAGAUUAUGAUAGUCAACUUGGUUGUGGUGAUAUUGGUUUUCACCAAAAACUAUGAAACCAUCAAUAAAAUGAUCUACAUUCCGAUCGACCAAUAUGUCCAUGAUGCUGAAGUACAAGCGGAAAUAGACACAAUGCAAGUUUCGCUGAACUGCUGCGGAAAGACAUCAUAUCUCGAUUACGCCCAUAUGGAGUUCUCCAGUAACCAAUCGACCGUUCUGGUGUCAGAGGAAAUGAACGGUGAACUGUUGACCUUCAGAGUGCCCGAAAGCUGCUGCGCCUCCCAAAGCGAGACGAGCUGCCUCCGUCUGCGCCCCAACAGCUGCGCGAGGGUCUUAACUGUCAUAGUCAUACAAAACGCGAAUGUGCUCGGUGUCCUAGGAGUUUCUGUAAUGUUUAUAUUGUUGCUGGGAAUAAUUUUCGCGUUGCUGCUGGCCCGCUGCAUUCGUAAAAUGAAGAGCGAACGCGCAUUAAUGGCCUGGAAGAUCAGGGAGCAGCUGAUACUGGCGCGGAAGGAUGAAGAGAAUCGGUUGAACAACUCUCUUUAUAUUACGCCACCCGAGUCAAGUCUAGCUUAAGAUGAAACCAUAAAGUUAAACCCGUUACAGUAUGUUUAGAGGACCAAGCACGAAUUUUGACUAAAUAUCUUAUUGUCACUGUCCAAACUUUGUAUGGAAGGAGCCAGCAUGUUCUUAUAUCUGGGGGCCAUUCGCCUAACGGAAAUGUUUUGGAAAACGCUAAAGCUUACGAUUUCAUUUUGUUAUUUCUAGCCGCCUUAGGUUUUUUAAUGCCUCGCACUCUUUUUUUUCUUUUGCAUUGGUAAUAACAAUAUAAAAAAAAUGAGCGUGAGGUAUUUGAAAACCUUCGGCGGUCAUAAAUAACAAAAUAAAAUCGAAAGCGUUAACGUUUUCCAAAGCAUUUCCGUCAGGCGAAUGGCCCCCUGGUAGGGGGGCUGCUUAGUUUUCAUAGAAACUUUCAUGAUACAAUAACGGAGCUGUCAAAGUUGGUGCUUGGACCUCAUGUAGGUACGCCUAUCACUAUAAUUUCAUCUCUAUUGCCAUGCCAUUAUCUAGCCUGGGGACAUACUGUAUGUAUGUGAUGUCCCGCUCUAACAAUGGGACUUAAAUGGCGUUAAGAGUUCCUCCACACUGUUUGAGUAUGCUAAUUAUCAAGAACAAAGAAGAAUAUUAAAAUUCUAAUUUCCAUAUGACGCUGUGCUCGUCGGCGGAGUGCUAAAAUUGAAAGCAACACUGAAUUCUUUAUGGAAUUGUAUUACAGAACAGCUGACGCGUCAAAUGACUGUGGUCUAAAGAGCUCAAUACAAUAUAAAAAACCUUGGGAAAUAUACCUUCUUGAGAGCAAUUAGUUCUUUUUAAGUUUAGAAAGUUCUUGUGGUUUCGAUAAUGGUCUUAUUUUGUGUGUUUUACAGUUUUAUUCAGUCAAAAGUUAAGGUAAUUGUUGUUUUUUUAACAUUAUUGAGGGUUUAUCAUUAAAAUAUUUUUUUGCUUUAACAUUAAUAUAGAUACCUA